AUGCAUCCGCUCUUCAUUGGUGGCUUAAACCUUUCCUUCAGCGUGCAGUACUCAAACUCCACAAACAGCCUACCUGGUGGUAUCAAGUCUAUCAAGGCUUCUGCCAAGAACUCCAUCAUCUUCCAUCAAACUGGCCUUCGGUUGGAAGGAAUUGACUUGGAGGCUGAAAUUAUGGAGGACUCACGGCGUGCGGAUGGAUAUGCAAAAGAUUGCAUGACACAGAGGAUCAAUGGAACGCGGAUCGGAACAAAGACUGAAGGUCCAGCACUUAUUGUGAUGUGUCUUACCGAGGAGUUUGAUUACAUGCACUUCACGAUGCAGCUUGUUGAGGAUUAUCUGAAGCCAGAUUCCACCUUCGCAGCAGUCAGUUUCUUCAAGAGGUUUGCCAUGACAGAAUCGAAGCCGGAAACACCACGCGUACUGUGCAACAUUUGCCCGCACACGAACCUCACAUGGUAUACUUUAUCGACCUGA